UCAAAGCUGCUGCUAUAAAAAUUCUCAUUCGGUUUUGCGUGUCACACACAGCCAAAAGUCUCAGUCGUAAACAAAAUACAUAAAACAAAUGAUGUUGCGAGUUUGUAAACGUUUGCUAAGCCCCGCGGGAAAAACGUUUCUGCUAAUCUGUCUCUGCUGGCUCAUAGCUCUGCAGCUCUAUAUAUUCGCAAUGAGUCGCACAGCCAGCGACAUUAAGGAAUAUUUGCAGCCGCCCUACAAGGAGAACAUUUGGCAGUAUGAUGUGAACGACCGCCAGGAGCACCGGGACAACUUCACCAUAGCUCGACGUCUGGCGCGUCGCGUGCGCGUGCAUUGUCUGCUGCUGUUGACCAACAAUCAUGAGAAGGCCAAGAUGGAGCAUGUGAUGCGCAGCUGGCCCAAUCGCUGCAAUCAUAUACAUCUGCAUGAGGCCAGGGAGGAGCAAACGCUGCAGGUCUAUGCGCGCAUUUAUAAGCAAUUCAAAUUCAACUUCGACUGGCUGCUGCAGGUGCAAGUGGACAGCUAUGUGGUGAUGGAGAAUCUGCGCUAUGUGCUCUCCCGCUACGAUCCGGCCGAGCCGCUCUACUUCAGCGCCUACCACAAGGCCUAUCCCUAUGCGCAUGUCAGCCUACGCGACACUACGGACUAUGUGCUCAGUCGUGGCGCACUGCAGCAGCUGCUGGCCAAGGCGCAUGACCAGCAGCAGUUAAUGCACGCGCUCAUGAACAAUCUGCGUCUGGACAGCGCGCAGCUGAACCCGUUCCAAGCGAAUGCCGACAUUAUACCAUUUACGGAACGCAAGUCCUUCUGGAUGUGGCCAAUGGUACAUCAAGCAGUCUAUGGCGGCGGAGGCUUCAAUGGCACUGUCCCCUUUAUGUUUAUACUGCCCUAUGUCAAUUGCCAGCAGCUGUAUGUGCUGGAGUAUCUGCUCUAUCAUCUACGUCCCUAUGGCAUGGAUGCUGCCAGGCCGGCGGUGCCUUCUUUGGGGCUGCCAGCACGCGCUGCUAACAACACUUUGGCCACGCAGCUGGCUCAGCGCGUGCGUGUCAUAUGCAUGAUCAUCACCUGUCCGCACAAGUGCGAGGCCAGCGCCAAGCCCAUUAUGGAGACCUGGGGACGCCGCUGCCACAAGCUCAUUAUGUUCAGUAGUCGUGAGCAGCGCAGCAUUCCAGGCGCUAUCGUCGUGCCGCUAGAUGUGGACGAUGGCUAUGAUCUGCUGUGGAACAAAACCCGAGCUGCCUUUCGCUAUGUCCAUCAGCAUUAUCUGCAGGAGGGCGAUUGGUUCUUCAAGGCCGACGACGAUACCUUUGUCAUAAUGGAGAACAUGCGCUACAUGCUGCACGGCCACAGCCCCAAUGAGCCCAUUUACUUUGGCUUCAAAUAUAGCAAGUUUGAUGGUUACCACUCCGGCGGAUCGGGCUAUGUGCUCAGUCGCGAGGCGCUGCAACGUUUGGUGGAGCAUGGACUGAAAUCGACCGUAUGCAGAGUUGCAAGCAAUGGCCAAGAGGAUCUCGAAAUAGGCCAUUGCUUACGCUUCUGCAGGGUCAAGGUUGCGGAUUCUAAGGACGAAUACAAUCGCCUGCGCUUUAUGCCUUUAGAAAUCGAGAACUGGCUCAUACCGCACAGAAUAGGAAACGACUCUUGGAUGCACCAAUAUACAUCCUAUAAAAUCGAACAGGGUCAGAACUUUUGUUCAUCCUAUGCUGUCAGCUUUCAUUAUGUGAUGCCUUACAAAAUGUAUGUGCUCAACUAUUUGAUCUACAAUUUGCAACCAUUUGGCAUUAGCAUGGGCCAUGAGCCACUCAAUCGGAAUUUAAGCGAAUUGGAGCAGGCGCGAGACUCUAAUUGGCAGCCAAAGGACUAAUCUCUUGGAUAUGCAGACGCAUCUGGGAAGCAGCUCAAUGAAUGAACUUGACAUGUUCUUUGUUUAAAUUUUCAAAUCUUUCAUUACGAUGUACCAAAGAUAAAAUAGAAUAUAUAAAUUACUUAUUUGUAAUUUAGAUAAAUUAUACAAAUCAAGACUCAAGCGACUGCAUAUUAUAAGUUACGGAUGUUUGUUAUGUUGUGGAUAUGGCUAUAAUUUAUUUUCCUAAAUAAAAAGAUUACGAUAGAGA